AUGAACAAUCAAGAACAACAAUCAUCUGAGACAAAAAUUGUUUCUGAAAAUUCUGACAUUCAAACUACUAAUGAAAAUCAAACAUUAAAUACUAAUGAAAAUAUUGAAAAAUUAAAUAUAAACGAAAAAUCUGUUUCAUCAGAAAAUAAAAUUUCAAAUGAUUUAAUUAUUUCAAAUGAACAAGAAACAACACGUCGAAUAUCAUUGCCACAAGAUAUUCGUUAUUCAACUGAACAAGGUGAUCGAGAAAAACUUAUGGAAAAGUAUAAUAAUUAUCAAAUAUCUGAUAAAAAUUUUUGCAAUAUUCGUUUUUUAACUGAUCAUCGACAGAAACGAAACCUUCUAGGUCGAAAUGAAGAAGAAAAUUCUAAUUUACACACCAUUGCGAAUACAUUUAAUGUGAAAAUAUUUCCGGGUUAUCAAAAUCCUACAAAACAUUCAUUCAAAAUUCUCGGUACAGAAGCUAAUGUACGAAAAUGUCUUAUUGAUAUAAUGAAUCGAAUGUUUAAACAUUUUCAUCGAUCAACUAUUCAAAAUGAUACUGAAAAUAAUAAUCAACAAACUCCUACAAUAAAUAUUGAAAAAACUCAUGGAACACAAGUUUCAACAGAUAAUGAGAAAUCUGAUGAUAAAUCUUCCUCUCAAUCAACAUCGGCCAUUACAACAACAACUAAUCCAGAUUCAUCGACUGACGAAGAAAAUAAGCCUAUUACACCCUCAACAUUGAAUACGAAUGAUGAGAAGGCUGAUACUAAGGAUGAUAAUAUUGAACAAGAACAAUUUAAAUUUAUACCACUUGAACGAAAACCUGAAUAUACAUUUGUCAUGCUUAUAACAAGUCAGGGACAAGAAGUACUUAAAAAAAAUUGGAAUUUUUUUGCUGGAUCAUUACAACAACGUUUAAAUGUUACCGUGACAAAUCCUUUAAAAUUGUCUAAAUUCGGUGAUAAACAAUGGCAAAAUGAACUUUCAAUUACUGGUGAUUUAUAUGAAAAUAUAAUUGAUGCUGCUCUACAAAUAACAGCAUUUAUUAAUGAUGUUCUUGGUGUGCCUAUUCAACCAUACAAAGAUGAAGAACAAACAAUUACUGAUCAUAAUAAUUAUCAACGUACAAAAACAAAUAAUAAUAAUAACAAUAACAAUGAUUAUCAUCAACAACGUCGUCAUGAUUAUAAUAAUAGUUAUCGUCAAUCACCAUCUCAAUAUCCGGUGCAAUCAUCACCAUUUAAUCAUUAUUAUGAACGAACCUUUUUUAAUCGUGGUCGUUAUGGUGCAUUUGAACAAGUUAUUCUUAUUCGAAGUAAUUGUGCUGCACGUAUUAUUGGUACACGAGGUUCUAAUUUAAGACGUAUACAAUCAAAAUGUCAUUUACGUGAUAUUUUUUUUGCUCGUCAUCCAAAUGAAAAUGGUUAUGUUGAAUGUACAUUAUCUGCAUAUCAAACGCGUAAUCUUAAUUUUGCUCUUGAUAUAAUUCGUGGUUAUUUAAGAAAUGAAGAUGAUCAAGCUAUGCAAGUAUUUGAUGCUCAAUAUGUUGAUACUCCACAAACAUCACCAUUUCAAAAUUCACCUCAAAAUGAUCAACUACAACUUCCAGUACCUAAUCAAAAUUUAGAAUAUUUUCAUCAACAGGGUUUUUCAAAUAAUCUUUAUCAACAAGAACAAGAACAAGAACAUCAACAAUCAAUAUCAUUCACAACAUCAUCUGAUAUAUCUCAAAAUCAUAAAGAAAUAGGUUUUAUGACAACACCUUUACAUCUUGGUAAUGGUAGUCAAUUACCUCAACCAGCAUAUAAUUUUCAAAAUACUCCAUCAUUUGAUUUUACUCAUCAGCCUACAUCAGCUUCACGUAAAACAGAUAAACGUCCAGGAGAAGUCAAUGAUUUUAAUAAUGCAAGCAAUAUACAAACUCGAACAUCAAACGAUAAUCAAUAUCAACAAUAUGGUGGUUCAUCAUCAUCAAAUUCUUCUUCUGUUUCACCACGACAUAAAUCUAAACGUACAUGUCCAGAAACAAAAGAAAUUGAUUGUACAACAGAUGAUGGUUUUUGGAUACAAAAACAAUAUUAUCAUGCAUUAGAUGAUGCAUCAAAAGAAUUAUUUGAUUCAUUACUUGAUAAAUUAGAAAAAAUUCGUAUUUCUUCAGAAGAAAAUGCAGUUAGAAAACAACAACGUCUUGUUGGACGAAAUCGACCAAAUAAAUCACGAAUUUUUACUACAUCAAUAUCAUCAAUAAUACAAUCAAAUGAUGAAAAAGAUUUAACAAUUAAAACAACACAAGAUGUUCAAGAUAAUAAGACUGAUGAAGUAACAAAUGUUGAUGAACAAGAAGAAAAAAAAGAUUUAACUACUAGUGAACAAGAAACAACAAUAGUUGCUGUUGAUCAAAAAUAA